AUGCCGUCUCUGUCGGAGCAGCUGCAGGAGGUGCGGAGUCGGGCUGAAGUGUGUCUGUACUCUGGUGGCAGGGUGGUGGAGGUGCGGGCCGGAGUAAUGUCUAUGGCGAAUCUGCCCUUACCGCCAUGCUCCAAAUACCACCACAUCACUGCAGAGACCAUGGUCAUAGAAAACAGCUUUGGCAGAAACAGGAAGGAGACCCUUGCAUCUAUCCAGCGUUUGUCUACAGCAUUGAACAUCCUGGAAAAGUAUGGCUGUAACUUGACAAAUCCAAACAGGCCAAAGUACUGGAGGACUGUGAAACACAACAACCCGGUUUUCAGGGCCACUGUUGAUGCUAUUCAGGGAGGACGAGCAGUGCUCUGUCUCUAUGGUUACUCCAACCAGCAGCCAGAUGGGCUCAGCUUUCCUGAUGAUGUUGUGGAUCCUGAUGUGGGCCGAGUGGCUGCAGUAACAUUAGAAGUGAUGAGCCUGAGGAUGGAACUAGAAAUGCUAAUUAAGGAGGCUCAUCCCCAUCCUGAGUUCUAUGAGAGAAUCAUUCCUACACUGAGACAUAAGGAUGUGGGUCUCAACACUGAUGCUGUGGGCUGCCAUUCCUCCUCUACUUCAUGCCAUUCAGAUGGUCAGACCAAGUCUCUAGGCUUCCCCCUCCAUCCUCCCCACCAUCACACCUCCAGGGAGAGCAACUAUGGUUACUUCCUGUCCUCCAACUACCAAGGUCUCAGGUCCAUUCAGGUCUUUUCCACCUCGUCAAACAAACACCCUGAGAACUGCACUAUCUGUGAAAUAUUUCGUAUCUCUGCCCACUGCCUCACCUGCCUCCAGGGGCUCUGCUCAGAAUGUGACAGACUGUACCACUCUUACCCUGAGAGGGCCAACCACCAUCGAACAGCUGUCACAUCAUCAUCACCAUGUUCAUCAUCCCAAAACAGGAACAGUUACAGUUCUUCCACCUGGCAUUGCCGUCACUGCACUAAAGUCAACUCUGUCCAGGAUGUGCUUUGUAAGGAGUGUGAGCGCCCCCACAUGGAAUCGAUCAGCUCUAAAGCAGAUGAAUCUCAGCCUGCCAGCCUCACUGAGUGGCAGUGUAAGAGCUGUACCAUGGUGAAUGCAGCCAGCAGUAUUCUGUGUGAGGUGUGUGAAAGACCGCGUUUGGCCACACGACCUCCAGUGACCUCGUCACACCCACCCAUCAACCCCCCGAGACCACCAGCACCAGUACUGGGCAUGCCUGGUGAUCCUGACAGCCAGUGGGUAUGUCAGUUCUGUACCUAUCUGAACUACUCUCCUGCUACUGUGUGUGAGAUGUGUGACCUGGCUCGUCCGGAGCCUGCACCCCUAUCUGUGAAGCUUCGCCCUCACUCUCCUGUUAGACGGGUCCCCGCCCUGCCAACCAAACCCAAAGAACCUGCCUCUGAAGAUCUGGACUCCUGGAGGCAGAAGCUGAUGAAGGAGGAGGGGCUGAAGCUAAUUCAACUGAUUAGAGAUGGGGAGAAGAAAGGAGUCAGUCCAGAGGAGGUGUACACAAUCAUGAGAGUAACUGGGGACAGCAGCAUCCUCCCCUGCAAGUGGUUAAAGACAGAACUUCCUCUGCUAUUAGACCAGAUCAGGAUGUUGGUGGCAACAUCUUCCCUCAAGUCUAUUUCUGACAAGACCACAACACAGCACACAAGCAAAUCAUGUGAAGUUCCUGCUGAGGAUGCUGGGAAACAGGUAGACCCUGAAGAGACAGACAGUAUGGUCCAGCUGUCCAGAGCAGAGGCCAAGCAGGCCUGGCUGACAGCCGGGGGUGACACUGAGAGAGCUGCCAGACAAGCUCUGAGAGAUAGACUCACCAAGGUAAAGGAGCUAUGUGCAUUGGGCUUCAGUGAUGAGACUCACUGUCAUGAGGUUUUGACGCAGAGUGGAGGCGAGGUGAGAGGGGCCCUGGCCCUGCUGCAGCGACCCCUUCUGGAAUCCUUCCACAAGCAUAUGUGGAGUGACAAGCCUGAGCCACCUGUAGACAUCCAUCACCCUGACAAACAGCGUAUAUGUCGGAGGUUACUGGCGGUGUACGAUCUUCCUAGCUGGGGUCGCUGUGAGCUGGCGUUGUCAUUGCUUCUGGAGCACAGUGCCCCCUACUCACUGGAAGAUGUAGUGCAGGCUGUACGAGAGUCCCAUGACAGGGAGUUUAUAAAGAGAGUGCUGGCAAAAGAGUGUCCCAUCUGCCUCUCUGUCUUCCCCCACAACAAGAUGCAGUCUCUGACAUCGUGCCAGUGUUCAGUGUGCUGUAGUUGUUUCCAGCAGCACUUCACCAUUGCUGUGAGGGACAAACACAUCAGAGACAUGGUGUGUCCAGUUUGCUGGGAGCCUGACAUCAACGACCCAGAACACCUCAACAGCUACUUCUCCACCCUCGACAUCCAGCUGCGAGAGUGUCUGGAGUCGGAAGUCUAUGAGCUGUUCCAUAAGAAGCUGACAGAGCAAGCUCUAAUCAAGGACCCCAAGUUCCUCUGGUGCUGUCAUUGUUCAUAUGGGUUUAUCUAUGACGGAGAUCAGCUGAAGGUCACCUGUUUUCAGUGCCGCAACAGUUUCUGUGCUCAGUGUAAAAAGCCCUGGGAGUCUCAGCAUGCUGGCCUGUCCUGUGAACAGUUCCAGUCAUGGAAGAGAGAGAAUGAUCCAGAGUAUCAGAGACAGGGCCUGGCUGGAUACCUUAGAGACAAUGGAAUCACCUGUCCUAACUGUCGCUUUCAGUAUGCACUGUCUAAAGGAGGCUGCAUGCAUUUCUGCUGCUCACAGUGUCGUUACCAGUUCUGCAGCGGCUGCAACAACCCUUUUCACACCACCUGUGCAGUGGAUGAGUGCAGUGUAUCUGGAUUACAUGCCCAUCAUCCCAGAGACUGCCUCUUUUAUCUGAGAGACUGGGAACCUUCCAGACUACAGGCUUUACUGCAGACAACUGGAGUGGCCUUCAACUCUGAACCCCCCCCUGGAACACAGACAGGUCUGUGUGGGGUGAUAGAGCAGAAGGAUGAGGGAGGUCAGCAGCCAGAUUCAGCUUGUGGAGCUCAGACCCAACCAGGACAUGCUGGACUCUGCGAGAAGCAUUACCGGGAGUACCUGGUUAGCCUGAUCAAUUGCCACUCCAUCGACCCCGCCCCCCUCUACAGUUCCAAUGAGCUGCUGCUGGCCUGCAAGAGGUACAAGGUGGAAGACACCCGCAGGGAUGGGGAGGACGGCUUCACCUACUACAGCAGACUGCUGGAGAAACUGAUGGAUGAAGUACCGCUUGGUGACAAGGUGCCACGCAAGAAAUAA